GGGACAGGAGGGGGGCCGGCAUCCUCGGGAGUCUCCUGUCGGGGGGUCCGUGUGGAUUGAUGGGAGCAAAUCCCUGCGGCAAUCAUGGAUCAGGUAAUGCAAUUUGUGGAACCCAGCCGUCAGUUUGUAAAAGAUUCCAUACGACUUGUUAAGAGAUGCACCAAGCCUGACAGGAAAGAGUUCCAGAAGAUUGCUAUGGCAACAGCAAUAGGCUUUGCAAUAAUGGGUUUUAUUGGUUUCUUUGUCAAAUUGAUCCAUAUCCCAAUCAACAAUAUAAUUGUAGGUGGCUGAAUAUUCAUCAUGAAGACAACAGUUGUGACACCCGCUGCAAUGAUUUCACAGCUUUAAUUUGUUUGAUAUUAAACAAGCUCAGUUUGGGUUUUCAAACA